GCGCAGCGCCCGCGGCCGCCGGGCCAUGGAGCUUAUCGAGCUACGGGAGCUACAACCGGAGCCGCGACCGGGCCGGGGCCGCUUAGAACGGACCAACGCUUUGCGCAUCAGCCCGGCCCGACGGUCCGGGCCCGGUCCCGUUUCCGGAGGACACCCCGAUCCGAGAUUGACGGCGGUACCGGGAGCCGGGCACCACUUCGAGCCCCGGCGCCGCGGGCUCCACACCUGGUGCGAUCUCUGCGGGGAAUUCGUCUGGGGCGGCGGCAGGAAGAGCCUCCAGUGCCGCCACUGCAGCUUCACCUGCCACUACCGGUGCCGGGCCCUGGUGCGGCUGGACUGCAGCGGCCCCCCGGGUGCCGGCGACGAGGACGAUGGCACCGAGCAGGCGUUGGAGAAGGACACCAAUGUGGAUGAGCCCAGCGAGUGGGAGAAGGCAGAGCUGGACCAGGCGCAGGUGGAGCAGCGGAUCAAGGAGUACAACAGCCAGAUCAACAGCAACCUCUUCAUGAGCCUGAACAAGGAUGGCUCCUACACCGGGUUCAUCAAGGUGCAGCUGAAGCUGGUGCGCCCCGUCUCGGUGCCGGCCACCAAGCGGGUCCCCUCCCUGCAGACGGGGCGGCCGGGGCCCCGCAGCCAGGCGGUGAAGCGCCGCACGUCCUUCUACCUGCCCAAGGGGACCGUCAAGCACCUGCACAUCCUCUCGCACACCCGCGCCAGCGAGGUCAUCGACGCCCUCCUGCGCAAGUUCACCGUCGUCGACAACCCCCGCAAGUUCGCCCUCUUCGAGAGGUCCGAGAAGGAUGAUCAAGUGUACCUACGGAAGCUGGCUGAUGAGGAGCAGCCCCUGCGGCUGCGGCUGCUGGCCGGCCCCAGCGAGAAGGUCCUCAGCUUUGUCCUGAAGGAGAACGAGACCGGGGAGGUGAAUUGGGACGCCUUCACGCUGCCGGAGCUGCACAACUUCCUGCGCAUCCUGCAGCGGGAGGAGGAGGAGCACGUGCGCCGGCUGCGGCACCGCUACGCCCGCUGCCGCCAGAAGAUGCAGGAAGCCCUGGCCACGCGCACCCCGGGGUGACCACCACCGCCUGCGUCCCACGGGCAGCCAGCGCACCGGGACCCUCGCCCGCCGGCGGGUCGGGGGGCACCAGGGAGGGAGAGGGUGGAAUGGGGCACCCCGGGACCCACUGGGCUGUCACAGCCCCCAUAGGGCUGGCCCGGGGAGUGAGAGUCCCCGGGGGAGCAGGUGAUCCCCAGGGAAAGGGGUGUCCCCGGGGAGGCAGGUGUCCCCAGGGGAGUGGGGGACGGCAAGUGUCCCUGGGGGGAAGCAGGGUGUCGAGCACCAAUAAAGGCAUCUUGGUGACGAG